AUGUCCGCAUCGUCUGGGAUCACUGUCACUCCAGAUCUUGCCCAACAGUUCUCUGCUGCUGUUGAUCAUGGGAAUAUCCGGUUCAUCAAAGUUUCAAUCAGAGACGAGUCCCUGGUUCAUGAUCUAUCUAUCCCGAUUGGAGGGUCACUCAGAGAAGACCUUAAUAAGCUUCAAGACCACAAUGUUUUACAGGAAGAUGUGCCAGCAUACGUCCUCGCCAAACUUGACGAUCCUCCAUCGGACUGGCUUGCGAUUUUUUAUGUGCCAGACACCGCGAAAGUCAGAGACAAGAUGCUUUAUGCGUCAACGCGCGCUUCUCUUCUAAAAUCUUUGGGUUCGACGUCCUUCACCGACUCCUUAUCUGCAACCUCUAGGUCCGAUAUAACACCGGAUGGAUACAAAGCGCACCUCGCCUCUCGAGCUGCACCCAAACCCCUCUCGGCUCGUGAAAAAGAACUAGAGGAUGCUCGAGCUGCGGAGCGUGCUGCAUCUAAUGCUACAUAUCAAGGGUCCUCUGGCCGAGCCAGCCACCUCGGAGCCGCAGGGAGCAAGGUUGGCAUGCCAUGGAAAGAAGAUGCAGAGAGGGCAAUCGAGGAGCUGGCGCAAGGGAUGGAAGCUGCCGCGGUGGUUAUCAAAGUAGAUUUACCAGCAGAAACUUUCGUACUACACUCCAGCACAGAGGUUACGGCUAACCAACUAUCAUCUGUGAUUCCGACGGACGACGCGUCCUAUGUCUUCUUUGCUUGGCCCCACCCUCAAGGCUGUUCUCCCAAACGUGAAAUCAUAUUCAUAUACUCUUGCCCAUCUGACACACCCAUCAAACACCGUAUGAUAUACUCCUCUGCAGCAGUUGUAUUCUUUCGCGAAGUUCAAGCCAAGAUACAAGCCAUCUCCGGACCCGAUCCUUCAACAGUUUUGAAUGCGCGAAAGAUAGAAACUUCUGACCCAUCGGAGAUUAACGAGGAGUUCCUAGUGGCCGAAGUCUUCCGUGGCUCGCCUUCGGUAUCCGAUCCGUCUGGCGGGGAUGGUGGUACUCAGACACCGCCAACUCAUAUGAGAACACCUUUGGCAACGGGAGAAGACAAGAAAUUCGCUAAGCCCAGAGGCCCAGCAAGGCGUAGACCCUGA